AUGGGUAAGAAGAAGCCUCAGAAAACGAAGGAGCUUUCAGUAGCUAUAGCUGAAGCUCCAUCAACUGGAGAUGAAGGGCAGCAGCAAUCACAGCCUCAGCCUCAUACCCCAAGAAAGAGAGGAAGACCUCGCAAGAUCAUUGAGAAAACUGAAAGCACUGAAGAACAAUCCACACCACAAACAGAAGAAGCUGCUGCUGCAGCUGAAGAUGUUGAAGAACAGUCUAAAAAAGCAAAAGCCACGGAGGAUGAAGAUCAACAACAAGAAGAACAACAAGAGCAGCCAAAGAUAAAAGAAGAAGAACCCUCAUCGGCUUCUGUGAGAGGAGGUGCUAAAAAGGAAGAGGGACAAGCUAGGCAGCCUUCAAGAAGUAGAGCUAGGCGGAAAAGCAAACCCAGAAAGAGUAGCUAA